AAAUCCGAUGGUCAACGUGCCACUUUGCUCGCAUCUGCAUUUUGCAUCAUGAUUGCAUCGUAUAAAUUGAUGAUGCCCACCUGUGGAUUAAUCUGAUAAAUUUAAAGUUAUAAUUUUGAAGUUCAUAUCUCAUCAACUGUGUUCUUAUUUCUCCGAUCUAGCUCCACACAAUGUCGAACAACUUAAUGUGGACAAUUUUUACGAUUUCAAUUGUUACCGGCGUUUUUGCCAGCUCCGGUUCUUCCAUUCGGACAGUUAAUGAUGAUGAUCUGGUUAAGAUGUUCCACAGCCACUCGAAUUUAGUGGUUUUAUUCACCAAACCCGAUUGUGAGAAUUGCGAUAAACUGGAAGCGGUGUUAGGAAAGUUGGUUCAAGAAAUCAAAGAUAAUCUUGAAGCGGAAGCCGUGAAAGCAGUAAGCAGCCAAAUGGCACGCCUAUACAGCCCCAAGAAGGAACCAGCCGUAGUAUUUUUCAGGCAUGGUGUGCCUUUGCUGUACGAUGGUCCCGUGAACGAAGAUGCCUUAAUUGGGAAACUGGUCCACAACAAGGAUCCGAAUGUGAAAGAGUUGUCCGAUGAGAACUUUGAGCACCUUACCCAAGCAUCGAGUGGAGCAACAACGGGUGAUUGGUUUAUCAUGUUCUACACCUCGAACUGCGUCGAUUGCCAACGAUUGACAGCCGUCUGGGAAGCUGUUGCAGCUGACCUCAAAAACCGAAUGAACGUAGCACGCAUGGAGAAAGACGGCAAAGGGAAAGAUACUGCAGAGCGUUUCCGCGUGGGAAGUGUACCUGCUUUUAUAUUUCUUCGACAAGGAAAAUAUUACCGUUAUGAAAUUACCAAGUAUGACGUGAAAUCGUUUGUGACAUUUGCUCAAGACUGGUACAGAAAUGCCACACCCGAGAAAGUACCAGCACCUGCUUCACCAUUCGAUCAAAUUGUGGAACGUGCUGUGGUGCUUCUCAAGGAUUUACCCGCACUGGUUGACCAACUUCAGCGAGACUAUCCAACGUUAUAUUACUCUGCUCUAGCGAUGUUUGCAUUUGUAGUCCUUGGAUUUACCGGAGCUAUUGUUCUUGCAAUUAUUACCAGAUGCAAAGCUGCUGCCAAAAGCAAAAAAACUAAAACCAAGAAAGCAAAAUGAAAGACUUUUAUAUGUGAUUAGAGCUUUUAAGAUUAAGUAACUAUUUCCAAACGAGCAAAGAAAAUCAAUCCGAUCCUAUUUGAGCAUCUAAUGUUGAAAUGUCAUGAAUGAAAUGGUGCAUUUUAAGACUACCCAAUAAAAAUCUUAACCAUC